AUGGCAGAACCUUACAAACCGGCUGCUCGAAUAAUGAGCGAGAAGAUAGAGGAACGUCUUUCAAGAGAUAUCUUGUACUGGAGGCGUAUGAAACGUUUGGCUGUGUUUCAAGAACCGGGCAACAUAUCUAGCACGUCAUUUUCACCAACAGAUAGCAAUGUGGUUGCCAGUACUUCAUCUGUCAAACUGGUGCUUUAUAACUCUACAGUUUGUGAACCUCUGGUAACAUAUGGACGUUUCAAACAAGCUGUUUACGGUGCGAGAUUUCGUCGUGAUGGCAAAUUACUCGCUGUUGGUGAUGAAGAAGGUAAAGUUCGUCUGUUCAGUUUAAGAAAGCAUUCAUUUUCUUCUGAUGGACGAAAAGCUCCGCUAAGAAUUUUUACAGCCCACACGAGUUCUGUUCACACGGUUUAA